UUUCGCGACGGUUCCCCCGGGUGCCGAUUCAUGGCUUCGGCAGUGGCCAUGAUGGCGGCGGCCGGGGGCCCGGUGCUGAACGGGGCCGACGCGGCGGGGCUGAAGGAAGCGGCGGGUAUGUACGAGCAGCUGCGGGCGGAGUGGAACCGCAAGAACCUCAGCUUGAGCAAAUGCGGCGACUUGCUGGGCCGCCUUAAGUUGGCUCUGCUUGAACUUAACUUUCUGCCCACCACAGGCACAAAACUGACUAAACAGCAGCUUAUUUUGGCAAGAGACAUUUUAGAAAUCGGAGCCCAGUGGAGCAUCUUGAAGAAAGACAUCCCAUCUUUUGAAAGAUAUAUGGCCCAGCUCAAAUGCUACUACUUUGAUUACAAAGAUGAAUUACCAGAGUCAGCCUACAAGCACCAGUUGCUGGGUUUGAAUCUCCUCUUCCUGCUGUCCCAGAACCGCGUGGCCGAGUUCCAUACCGAGCUGGAACGACUGCCAGCCAAGGACAUUCAGACCAACGUCUACAUCAAACACCCUGUAUCUCUCGAACAGUAUCUGAUGGAAGGUAGUUACAACAAAGUCUUCCUGGCCAAAGGCAACAUCCCGGCGGAGAGCUAUGCGUUUUUCAUCGACAUCUUGCUGGACACUGUCAGGGAUGAAAUUGCCAGCUGCAUCGAGAAAGCUUAUGAGAAGAUCCUGUUCAACGAGGCCACCCGCAUGCUCUUCUUCACCCCCAAGAAGAUGUCCGACUACGCCAAGAAGCGGGGUUGGCUUCUCGGCCCACACAGCCACUACUGUUUCAUGGGACAGCAGCAGAAACCGGAAGACGCCACCAUCCCCUCUACAGAGCUAGCUAAACAAGUCAUCGAAUACGCUCGGCAGUUGGAAAUGAUCGUCUAAUGUACCCUUGCUGCAGGCUGGGACUGUGGGCUGUUGCUUCUCCCCAUUAUGGGCCCCCCCCCCCCCACUUUGUGCCAGUUCCUAUUGACCUGGCAGCCUUUUUUCUUAAACGGGAAAAACGGGAGCGAUUGGCGGUGGUGUAGUUGCUGUCUCUUGCUCCUGGAAUGCUUGAGUAAAGCUGGCAAGCCAGGCCGCUCCCUGUGUCAUGUAGAGUCAUUUUGUUCCUUGGUCCCAGGUGGAGAGAGGUCCUCUGAGCAUGGAAGAGAAGCUGAUGGUCUUGGGCUUUUUUGACUGCAAAGGGAGGGUGGAAACUCCUUUUUACAAGCGGCCUCCAAGUAUCAGGGCCAACUUCACAUUUGCUCGUGGUCGUGACUAUCCGCAGCAGUGUUUCUCAACCUCAGCAGCUUUAAGAUGGGUGGACUUCAAUUUAAAGUUGCCAAGGUUGAGAAACACUGGUCUGCAGGAUCCUCCAGUUUUACCAGAAAGAAGAGUUCUUCUGUUGUCUGAUCAGGACUGAAUUAAAUAGCUCUCCGAAGAAUUGUGAUCAGAUUUUUUUUAAAAUUUAGGAUCGUGUUUGCUUUCUUUGUGGAACUCCCUUAAUGGAAUAGUUAUAGGUUAAAUACAGCUUCUUCUUAUAAACAUGAUUAUCUAUAUUAUUGCUAUGCCAUGGUUUGCUUCCCCAUAGCUGUGGAAAAAGCCACAGUGGUCUUGGAUCCUACAUCAAAGUAAGCCUGGAUCAGCCAAGCCACCUUCUGGCUUAACGUGAUGUUUGAGCCCAGCAUAGCUGUUGUAAGAAAAACCCAACAUGACUACGGUGGGAGGUGGCAAACUGGCUGACCUGAUUAUUACCUGAUUAUUUCCAGCCUGGGCCUCCAGCUGCCUUGAACUAAAAUCUCAGACUGUUCAUGUCGCAUGACCACUGGCUAGGCUGUCUGGGAACUGUAGCCUAGUGCACUGGGAAGGUCCUAGGUUGCAGAGGGUAGUUUGGACAUGAACCCCCUCCUUUCCACACCGCCCCUUUGUAUCCCUACUUGGGCCUGGUUCUCCAAAGGGAACCCAUAUUUUGUUCAACCGCAGCUGAUAAGCCACAAUGGCUGUUUCCCCUCAAGCCAGCAGACAUUGAUGUCUGGUGUCUGAAUCCAGCCUGGACUGCUACCUAGAACAAAUGACUAGAUUUGGAGUGCCUCCAUUCAGUGCACGUGGCUUUCAUACCAGCUUUGGUUGGCUGACCUUGGGGCUCUAGUGAACAACCAAAUGAGAUCCCAGAAGCCUGCUCCAUCCCCAUCCCCAUCCCCAUGGAUAGGACAGUCCUCUUCCUUCUCCCUUAUGGGAUUUGCUUGCUUGAUCCUAUGUAUUAGCCAAGACCCACGAAGGUGACCAGCUGAAGAGGAGAUGCUGGUGAGCGGAGGGAGAAGAAACGCUUGUUCUGAUCUGGCUUCUGUGGCACCCAGAAGACAAAGCAGCAGAGAGGUUUUUUCUCAGGGCAUUGGCUGAGAGCUCUGCUUCAGCCCGAACGUUUCCCGGGACAGCUCCUGGCAAAUUGCAGCACACCGUAAUACACGAGCAAAGCCAAGGGCCCAGCCUGGUGGUGUACAAGGUUUAUUGAGCAGGAAGCCUGGAGAAGCCAUUCAGUCCUCGUUGGCGAUGUGUUGCUGUUUGUAAGAAUCCAGGCAGAACUUGGUCCCGGCAACCAAGGAGACGGCCAGCAUGGCAGUAGCAACCCAGGGAGGCUCUGUCAAGUGGUUGGCAGAGGGGUUGAGCCUGGAAGGAAGGAGUUAAAAUCAAAGGGUGAAGAGUCUGCCUUCUUCAUGGUGCGACCUCAAAUGAUGGAUGAGACACAAAUCCUUGUGAGGACGUGUUAGUCACCCUGCCAAGGUAUUCUGCAAACUAGUCUGCGCUUCUGUGGGAGUUUGCAUAGGAGUUGACUAUCGGCGAAUUUUUUAUGCUGGCUUUUUGCUUUUUCUAGCUCCCCCCCCCCCCAUGCUGGCAAUCUAUUACUGCAUGCAAGAAGCAGGAGCAUCGAAACUAAUUUUAAAACAGAGUUCGCCUAUUGCCCCAAAGGGAUUCAGAUUCAUUGCUUCCAAACAAACCAUAUUUUGUAAGUCUACCAUCCUUGCUCUGAUCCUGGCUUGUGAAAGGUACAACCAGCCAGGUUUGGGCAAGGCCUUAAAAGCAUUUUAACAGGAGGAGUCGAGCAAGUGGUAACGUGUUCUCCUGCUUACUAGGCUCUGGAUUGUGUGUUGAGGAAAAUGGGAUUCUGGACAUGAUGCUGUAAACCAGUGUUUCUCAAACUUGGCCACUUGAAGACGUGUGGAAUGGCUGGGGAAUUCUGGGAGUUGAAGUCCACACGUCUUCAAGUGGCCAAGUUUGAGAAACACUGUAAAUGAUGCAAACUGUAGGAAUGUUCAUUCUACCUCUUUGCAUGGUUUUGUUGCUAAUCAACAUUAUUUUGCCUAGCCACUUUUGAGCCUCCCUAUUCCCAAUCGCUGCCACGCUUGCCCAGCUGUGACCCGGCUGCAACUCCAGAUGUCAUUAACUGCCUGCUUAUAAGAAUACCAUCACCGUUGGAUUCUUCUCAAACUGUAUUAAAAACGUAACGGAUGCACCUAA